CAUCCUCAGGCAACUGAAGGUUUGGAGUUGCCUGAGGAUGAGGAGGAGAAAAAGAAGAAAGAAGAAGAUAAGGCCAAAUAUGAAAACUUGUGCAAGGUUAUGAAGGACGUAUUAGAUAAUAAGGUAGAGAAAGUAGUUGUUAGUAAUAGGUUAGUUGAGUCUCCCUGUUGUAUUGUUACUUCCCAAUAUGGAUGGACUGCAAAUAUGGAGAGAAUUAUGAAGGCUCAAGCCCUACGAGACACUUCAACUAUGGGUUAUAUGGCUGCUAAGAAACAUCUAGAAAUAAAGCCAGACCACCCAGUAAUGGAUACUCUAAGACAAAAAGUAGUUACCUUCUCUCAAAAUAGUUGUUAA